GGCUCGGCACUGGGAGGAGGGGGUGCAGCGAGGGCGCAUGCUCUUGCUCGCUCGCAGCAGCCCGAGCCGGGGGCUCCGUUUAAUAAGGGAGCGAGCGAGCGAGCGACAGACAAGGAAGAAGGAGGUGGCGGCGGCGGCAGCGACCACGGCGGCGGCGGCGGGGAAAUAAAAAUCAACAGACGUAAAAAUAAAGAGCGACCGAAAGAGAAAGGAGAGCGAGAAUGUCCGCCAUGGGCUCUCCUCUCCUGUGCGCAUUCUCGGUCUCUCCAUGAAUUAGAGCCGAAGGGGUGGGGGCGGGGAGAGCUGAAGACACCCCAAGGCCCCCAGGCAUGGCCAGUUCGUGUGCUGUUCAGGUGAAACUGGAGCUUGGGCACCGAGCCCAGGUGAGGAAGAAACCCACAGUGGAGGGUUUUACUCACGAUUGGAUGGUGUUCGUAAGAGGACCAGAGCAUAGUAACAUUCAGCACUUUGUGGAGAAAGUCGUCUUUCACUUGCAUGACAGCUUCCCUAGGCCAAAAAGAGUGUGCAAAGAUCCACCAUACAAAGUUGAAGAAUCUGGGUAUGCUGGUUUCAUUUUGCCAAUAGAGGUUUACUUCAAGAACAAGGAAGAACCGAAGAAAGUCCGCUUUGACUAUGAUCUAUUCCUGCAUCUGGAAGGCCAUCCACCUGUAAACCAUCUUCGCUGUGAAAAGCUUACUUUCAACAACCCUACGGAAGAGUUCAGAAAGAAGCUGCUGAAAGCAGGAGGGAUCAUGGUAAUGUCUGAUGGAACAUCAGCUGCUUCAGGGCAGAGUCUUCAUCUCCCCAAUCUUCCCAGUAAUUCCCUCUCUUUUUCUGAAGUGAAGAAGAAAUCAUCUCAUGGGCCAAAGGACCCAAAUAAGAGUGUAAGCACUAGCAGCAGCAGUAGUAACAGUUUUUCAAAGCCCCAUAAAUUAACAAAGGAGCACAAGGAGAAACCUUCUAAAGACUCAAAAGAACAUAAAAGUGCCUUCAAAGAACCUUCCAGGGAACAUAACAAAUCUUCCAAAGAAUCCUCUAAAAAACCCAAAGAAAACAAACCACUAAAGGAUGAAAAAAUAGUUCCUAAGAUGGCCUUCAAGGAACCCAAACCUAUGUCAAAGGAGCCAAAAUCUGAAAAUAACAUACUUACCAUAACAGGUGGACAGCAACAAGAAAAGAAGGCCCCUACAAAAAGGCCUCCAGGUAUGGAUUCUGAGGAUCUUUCAGCCAAAAAGAAGAAGAAAAGUGGCUCAGAGGCUUUAUUUAAAAGUUUUUCUACUGCUCCCCCUCUGAUACUUACUUGUUCCACUGCUGACAAAAAACAGACAAAGGAUAAAUCUCAGUUUAAGAUUGGGAAAGUCAAAAUGGAAAGUGAGACACUGGAGAAGAAGAAGAAUACAUUACCACCAUUUGAUGAUAUUGUGGACCCUAAUGAUUCCGAUAUGGAGGAGAACAUGUCCUCAAAAUCUGAAUCUGAGCAACCUAGUCCUGCCAGUUCAAGCUCCAGUUCCAGUUCCAGUUUUACACCAUCUCAGAACAGUCGACAACAAGGCCCUUUGAGGUCUAUAAUGAAAGAUCUGCAUUCUGAUGAUAAUGAAGAUGAAUCUGAUGAAGCAGAUGAGAAUGACAAUGACUCUGAGAUGGAGAGACCUGUAAAUACGCAUGGAGGAAAUAGGGGAGGACGCAGAGUUAGUCUAAGCGAUGGAAGUGACAGUGACAGCAGUUCAGCAUCUUCACCACUACGCCAUGAACCUCCACCUUUAUUAAAAACCAACAGUAACCAGAUUCUAGAAGUGAAGAGUCCUAUAAAGCAGAGUAAAUCUGAUAAACAAAUUAAGAAUGGCGAUUGUGAUAAGGCAUAUCUUGAUGAACUGGUUGAGCUCCACAGAAGGUUAAUGACACUAAGGGAAAGACAUGUACUGCAACAGAUUGUAAACCUUAUAGAAGAAACGGGACACUUUCAUAUCACGAACACGACGUUUGACUUUGAUCUUUGUUCACUGGACAAAACAACAGUUAGAAAAUUACAGAGUUACCUGGAAACAUCUGGAGCAUCCUGAGAACUCCAGCUCCUGGCUGCAUCAAAAACUGCUCUCUCUUGUUUUUUCAAAGGAAAUGAAAUGUUCAGAAUGAUGCAACCAAAAUGGCCACAAUAAAAAUCAACCAACUCUC